AUGGCGACCGCACGCGCCGCCGCGUCCGCGCGAACCGCCGCGCACGCCUCCGCGACACCUCGCCGCGGCACCUCGAAACGCCCCGAGCGCGCGUCGCCUCCGAGACGCCUCGCGCGAUGCCGCGCGGCCGUCGAAGGCGCGGUGCUUUCGCCCACGAUCGACAGCCCCCCGACGGUCUCCGAGCGGAAGUGCCGCCUCGUCGCGAUCGUCCCUCCCGCGUCCGCGGGAGCCUCGUUCCUGCCGUACCCCCCCGGGCUUAAAGGGACGGCGUACGACAAGGGCGUCGGGCCGGACUGGAUCGAGGUCAUGCGUCACAUGGCGACGCGACUGACGUGGGUGGACGUCGGGUUCCAGAUGGACGUGUUCCCCUCGGACGCGCCCGCGUCCGAGAUCUCGGCCUCGGCGGCGACCGCGGACGUGUUCGUCGCGAUCGGGAUCAAAGACGUCGAGACCGCGGCGACGCUCGUGGACGUCCUCACGACCGUGCCCACGGGCGCGGCGUUGGGGUGCGAGGGCACGAGCUUGGACGCGCAGUCGCGCGUCGUGUUUCAGCCGGUGACGGAUCUGCGCGCGAUGCAGGCGAAGCUGCUUCCGUGGGGCCGCGCCGCGAAGGACCUGCGGCUCAUGGAGCAAGUCAGCGGCUUGUUCGACAGGAAAAACCACCUCGACCUGCUCUUCCUUCACCUCCUUCUCAUCGACGCGAGCGGCGCGCGCGUGCCCGCGGUGGACAUCAACCAGGACCUGAACGUCGGCAACGUCUUCUGCAUCGCGAAAAAUUGCAACAAACAGCUCUUGGCGUGUUACCAGAACGACCGGUGCAAGCUGUCGCUCGAUUGCAUCGACGCGUGCGGGUUGAACGACCAGGUGUGCACGUACACGUGCAUCCGCAGCUAUCAGAACGUCGAGUUCGAGAAGCUCGCGCGGUGCAUGCUGCACUCGCACAACUGCCUCGGGAACGACGCGAUUCGGCCGGAGCUCCCGGAGGUGUUGCCCAUGACGACGUUCCGAGGCGAGCCGCUGACGCACGACGCCGCGGAGGCGAUCAUGCAAGGGUGGUACGGCGACGGACCGAACAUGAAGCCGUACAGCUGGCUCGCGGUCGCGGGGCAGAACCCGGCGUACGACCACUUCCCGUGCCAGUACCAGAUUUGGUACCGCGGCAAGGCGCGAGGGAGCUUCUGGUACAACCCGGUGUUUAAGGUCCAGACGUUGGACGGGAAAGAGGUGUGGCGGCGGUCGGACUACCGGUGCAAGCGCGGGGACGUCCCCGGGACGUUCUACUUCUCGUUCAUGGACAACGGCGUGACGUCUCUGGAGUACUGGAGGAUCGUCGACGCGGCGGACGAUUUGGAGUGGAGUCUGUACUACUACGCCGGCGCCGCGAAAGUCGCCGGGCAGUCGUACAUCGGCGCGGUCUUGGCCACGAAGGACGGGAAGUGGCCGGACGUGAAGCACCUGCCGCGGAUAGAGAAGAGCCUGUGGGAAGGAUGCGGCGUGAAGCUGUGGGAGAUGUGCGAGGUGGAUAACUGCGACUGCGGCGGCGCGCCGUUGGACCCGUACCACGCUCCGGUGAUGAUGCCGUCGUUGAUCGGUGCCGGAGCAGGCGAGGGUGCGCGGUGA